GCUUCUGUUCUGUGGUGUCAAUUGCCCCUCAUUCUGUGGCAGGAUACCCCUUCUGUAGGCUGCCUGAGAAAUUACUCUCCCCUAUAAAAGCCUCAGCUUACUGAAGAGAUGAGAGGCCAAAAUACAUGGAUCCCAGGCUUUCCCAGGGGGCAGUACUACAACAGGAGGGGUAUUUCAGGAACUGGAAGGGCCGGGGGCACUUGGCAUUUACAGAUUGAGGCUCUGCUGCUAGAGAUGCAGGAUGGGGAGACCGGUAUCAAAACCCACACCCAGCGACUCAUGAUAACCACGAUCCCCCACGCGGUUACAGGGCACGAUAUCCUGGAAUGGUUAAUACAGAGGCUGCAGAUUGCUGAUGAAGAGGCCCAACACCUCGGGAACCUCAUGGUGCGCUGUGGCUACAUCUACCCCUUACAGGAGCCCGCCAACCUGGUGCUGAAAGCUGACAGCAGUCUGUAUAGAUACCAGACUCCAUAUUUCUGGCCCACGCAGCAAUGGCCGGCAGAAGACACCGACUAUGCAAUUUAUCUGGCAAAGAAAAACAUCCGGAAAAAGGGGAUAUUGGAAGAAUAUGAAAAGGAGAAUUACAGCACUCUGAAUAAGAAAAUCAACCAUAAAUGGGAUUUCGUUGUCAUGCAGGCAAAGGAACAAUACAAAUGCUUGGGGGUCCCCAAAUCUGUAGAUUUCACCCUGUUUCUCGUGUGUUUGUAUCUGCAGAAGACGACGGUGGAUCACUACAGGAGACACAUCAUGUAUUAUCAGCAGUCGCUUAUGAGAUCAACAGUGAAGUCUUCAGUGUCCCUGGGCGGAAUGCUGAAGUACUGCGAGCAGUACUACUCCCAUGACCCCAUCAUGUCGGGGUGCCUUCCCAGUAACCCCUGGAUUACAGAUGACACCAUGUUCUGGGAGCUGAAUGCUAAACUGGUGGAGCUGCCUACAAAGCUGCGGGUGGAGCGCUGGGCCUUUAAUUUCAGUGAACUGAUCCGGGACCCUAAGGGUCGACAGAGCUUUCAGCUUUUCCUCAAGAAGGAAUUCAGCGGGGAGAACAUGAGUUUCUGGGAGGCCUGUGAAGACCUGAAGUACGGAGACCAGUCGAAGGUGAAGGAGAAGGCGGAGGAGAUCUACAAGCUGUUCCUGGCGCCGGGGGCAAGGCGCUGGAUUAAUAUUGACGGGAAAACAAUGGACAUCACGGUUAAAGGCCUGAAACAUCCCCACCGAUACGUCCUGGACGCGGCCCAGACCCACAUUUACAUGCUGAUGAAAAAGGACUCCUACGCGAGGUACCUGAAGUCUCCCAUCUACAAGGAGAUCCUGGCCAAGGCCGUCCUCCCACAGGAGACCAAAAAGAGCAGUAACUUCCCCUUCAUGCGCCGCCAUCGGAGGUCCAGCCCCAGCCCCGUGAUCCUCAGGCAGCUGGAGGAGGAGGCCCGAGCCAAGGAGGCCGCAAACACUGUGGAUAUCACUCAGUUGUGCCAUUACACGGCUCCGAUCCCCCACCUCACCGUCUAUGCCGGUACCUGCGCCCCCCCUUCCCCCAGUAGCCUGUUCCUCGGCUGCCACCCCCCGGGGGACCCCUGCACCCCUUCCCCCGGACACUUUGCGCUGCCCAAUUCGGCCGCCUGCCCCUCCCCCAUUAGCGUUGCUAUAGAGAGCACCCCCGGGGUGGAAAGGAAAUGGGAGACAAACAGCGCUAACGAGAACCAAUUUGCCCCUCCGGCUGAUAACCCAGAGGGUCCGUUUGGAUCAGAAGGCGGCGCCGACAGGAACCAUCUCUCCGUCCCGACCCACAAAUCCAAGGUCGCCCUGUCCUUCAGCAAGCUGCUAAAGAGGGGGUGCUCCAACUCCCCCGUAUUCGCCACCCUGUCCCCCAAGUGCCCCGCGGUGAAUCACGGCAAAGUGCAACCGCUUAACGACAUCGAACAGGAACUGCAGCAACCGUCCCGCAGGGUCACAAAUUUUUUUCAGAUCAAGGUGGAUAUCCCUUCGGAGUGCCGGAUUUACCCCAUCGACUCGGAGGAGGAGGAGGACGGCCAACUGGCGUGCAAGGAUUCCAUCCAGGAGGUUAUCUGCCCGUGGGAGAACAUGACGGAGGAGAGUAAGGCGGGGUAAGGGCCCCGGGGCCCAAUGAGACUGUGGAACAAACUGACAUUCAGGAGUCUCACAAACAAUGAAGUGCAUUAGGAUCCACAGAGAAUCCAGCGAUCACUGCCAGAAGCCACCAUGGGGGGGCGCUGUAAGCACAGAAGUACUGACCAAUACAAACCCACCCAGAACCCCACUGGCGGUGAGAGAGUUAAGCAUCGUUGCAGGAAAGGGGGGGCUGAACAUUGGUUUUGCCCCUUAUUCCCCAAUUGCCCCCUCAUGGGGGGGGGGGGGCCGUCAUGCUGAUUCAGAUUUUGGAGGCACAAGGGUCCCCCCACCCACAAUGACUUUGUAUCACAUGAUCACCUUCCUGCCAAAUGGGGCCCCCCAACUUGUGAUAUACUGAACAAUGCGCCCCCCCCUACAGGGAAGGGUUGGACCACUCCAGCUGCAAUUGGUCUCUUACCCCUCCCUGCCCCCCCCGUACCCCAAAUAGGCAGCCAAAUUGCCUUUCCUCAAAGCAAGUCCAUAUGGGUGUGUGGGGCACAGAGAGGGGUGUGGGGCAGUUACACUGGGACCCUGGAGCAAAAGAUCACAGUGCAAUGGGGGGGGGGGGGGCAGAAUAACAUGGGGUACUGCACUGAUUUUUGUACCAAGGCACGAACCCCCACCCUGGAAUUAUGGGUAAAAGAAUUGCAUUGUGGGUAAAAAUAUGGCACUUUGUAUCCAAAAUUGCCUUUUCAUUUGAAAAAGUCCCUUCAGUUCAACUGGUGCCAAAAUGAUCCUCAGGGUUGGACCGGCCAACCGGCCAACCGGCCAACCCCCACCCCCCCCCCAGGCCAAGCGGGGCCCCCACUACAGGGCUGGGAACGUGGCCCCUCCAUGCCCCGGCCUCUGGGUGCCCAUUCCAACACUGCCCAGUUUAGUGACUUAUUUCCCAUGAUCCUCCAUGGAACUCCCCUUUAUCUGUAAGAUAGAGAGUCAGAUGCCUUAUUGUUGGGAAAUUUCCUUUAAUAAAAAUAUAAGAAAUACCCUGUAAA